AUGGAUAGUAGAGUUGUGUUGCCCAAAAACAUAGUACACCUUUUCGUGAGCAACAAAGAUCUGGACAGUUUUAACGACGCCAGGUUCGAGUCGUACGAAACGGAACCGGCCUACUCGAUCUCCGUCGACAUGGUAAAAGGUAGUUGCACGGACAAGGUAAAAGAAAACCUUUUAAAGCAAGCGCGUAAAUUGCCUAAACAAGACUGCAUAAGUCUAAUGUUUGUUCUCAAGUUGCAGGUCGAUGCCAAGUACAUGGUUUCCAUAAACAUCGAUACCAACGACGGUAUCGUAAACGGUGCAGCAGGCAUUCUUAGAAAGAUCGACUAA